AUGGCAGGAGUGCGCACACCCUUUCAGCCUCGCUCGAAAGCUCAUACAGUUGCAAAUACCACCGCUAUCUCUCCAGAAACGAUCGCAACAUCGAACUCUCCAAUACGACCUAAUACUCCAGCCGCUCCCAUCAAUCGUGACCUCUCUACAGAUGCUAUCUCGGAUAGGUCUACAUUAUUGUUCAUACGUCGCACACUAUGCUCACACCUGAGUGAAAAGGGUCGCAGUACCCCAGCUCCAAUCGAUGAGAUACUUCCCCCGUUAACGAGUAGUAACGAGGUCGAUCUGCAAUUGUACGCAUUUAUAGCGAUAAUAAUAAGGGAAUUUGUGUAUACUUGGUAUGCGAAGAUUACACCGGACCAAGUGUUUGUGGAAGAGGUGGUGAAGAUUAUUGCGCAUUGUACGAGAGGUCUUGAACAAAGGGUGAGGAAGGUUGACUUGGAGGGCUUGUUAUUCGAAGAACUGCCAGACUUGUUGGAUACACAUGUUAAAAUAUAUAGAACAUCGCACUACCCUCUACAUCCAGAGCCAAUCUCGGUGAACCCGCGACAAGUCUAUCAUUCGCUGUGGCCGUUCGCGCCGUUAUCCCCAGUUCCGCUUGAUGGAGAUCCUGAUACGAUCAAGGGACAGUCGAAUAAUGAAGCUGCGUAUAGACAAUUAAUCGUUAACGGUGUUUUAGCCGUUCUGCUACCCACGGAGGAUCUCGAAAAUGUGUGUUUGACAUCCCUAGUUGGUCAAAUAUUUUCAGAGAUGAUACUGGGCAAUGGUAUUGGAGGCAAGGCCUGUGAACCGUGGCUAGUAUGGGAAGGUAUCAUGAAGAUUGCAGAAGUCAUACACGCUCGACUUCCGAAAUCUAAAGCUCAAGUCCGAGUUGACAGGUUAAGUUCCGAGAUUACCAGGCCGAAUCUAUUGGAUAUACAAGCCAGUGGCACGAAAACUUCGAAUCUUGGGAAAUCGAUGCAGAAAACCUUUUGGCUAGUUCUUCAAUAUUUGUUUCUAGCGUUCACCGCGGUCCGGGUCAUAUUCAUUGCUGUUGCUACCUCAUCCUCAUUGCCGUCUCGUAUUCCUCCCACAAGGAAGCCCACUGGCCUAAUGCUGCCGAACGAUGAUUCGGAACCACCGAUGAACUUGGAAGCGUUACCUUGGACUCGAGCUCAACCACUCAAGCGCCCUGUUCUCACUAUGAAGUUAUGGUCAUGUGUCUCUACUUUGCUAGAUACGGAUGCUCGCAUGCCAUGGCUAAGCGCCACAUUAUCUCUUCUUCAAUGGGGUGCAAUUACUGGCCCUGGAAAAAUCGGAGAGACAGACGGCAUAAUUGAUAACAGUCAGGGAUUUGAUUCCCGUUAUCGACUCCUAUCUCACCAAAUCCGCACCCACAUUCUAGACCCCACCCUCCUACCUCCCCUCCUCCGCACCCUCCGUCAAAGCCUCUUCCCCAAUAAUACACUCGCACCAGGUCGAACCCCUCCUACUCCUGCUGAAACACUAGAAAUACGAAGACGGUGCGCACAGGCUAUACUCGGCUUGAUACCCAUAGGAGUGAGGGAUAUUUAUUUCGGCCGCGCUUCUCUACAUCCUUCGGACACUCCUGUCAAUAAUAUCGACAUUAAUAUCGACGCCGAAGCGAAAACAACCGAACUCUCCACGGAAGAAAAACAUAUUCGAGAAGUGGAAGAUGUGCUAAAUGUGUUUGAUGAUGUGUAUUGUAAUAAACAUUUGCUAUAUGGAGUUGUGGAGCUGAUCAUCAUGAGAUUAAUACCGGAGUUGGCUGAAAAGGGGGUGCAGGAGUUAUUGGAUGAGAGGUUGAAUUAG